AUGCCGUUCGCCGGGACUUUCCCCUUGUCCGCCCUUCUCCUCCUCCUUGUCCUCUCGGCCGAGGCGCAGCCGGUGGAAGGCCUCAUGCCGGCCGGCAACGCCACCGCGACGGAAGCAGCAGAGAUGUGCGCCGUCUUCCACGGCGGGCUGGUGGACAAGGCGCCCGUCGCCGUGUUCCUCGACGACGCCCUGCUGCUGCCGUCGGCGUCGGGCGCGGCGCCUCCACCGGCGCCAUGGCGGGCGCCUUCGCCGCCGACGCCGCCGCCAAUACUGACGGACACGCUCGCGACUACGCCUGGUGCCGCGCCUGCGCGUAAAAAGGGCUUGAGCUGGCGAGCCAAGACAUGGGUCCUCGCCGUCGCGAUGUUGAUCGUCCUGUUCCUAUCCAGGCCCCAAGCGUCCCCAGUAUCGCGCACCGACGGCAGUGGAGCCGAUUCGCCGCUCGACGGCGACGGCGAGUUCUUCUACUGCGCCAUCUGCAUGGAGACGGUCGCCGACAUCCUCAAGUUCAGCGUCACCUCUUGCGGCCACGAGUUCUGCUUCACCUGCGUCGCCCAGUACGUCGCCGCGAAGCUGGGCGAGAACGCCGCGCGCGUAGACUGCCCUGACCCUGGCUGCGGCGGCGCGGGCGCCGUCGAGCCGGAGAGCUGCCGCGGCAUCGUCUCCCCGGAUCUCCUCGACAAGUGGGGUUUCCUGCUGUGCGAGUCCUCGUUCGGUGCCGGUAACAAGGUGUACUGCCCGUACAGGGAAUGCUCGGCGCCUCUUCUCGCAGAUGAUGGCGGGGACGCGAUCGCGCAGGCGGAGUGCCCGCACUGCCACCGCCUCUUCUGCGCCCGCUGCGCCGUGCCGUGGCACGCCGGCGUCGAGUGCAGGGAGUUCCAGCAGCUCGGGCAGGACGAGCGCGGACGCGACGAUCUCUUGCUCCGCCGGCUCGCCGGCCGCCAGAGGUGGCAGCGGUGCCCCAAGUGCCGGAUGUACGUGGAGAAAUCCGAAGGGUGCAAUUACAUCAAAUGCAGGUGUGGAUACAGCUUCUGCUACAGGUGUGCAUCCAAGGUGUCCGCGCUAACCCAUUACUGCAACAAGUGCAAGCGCUAGCGAUCUGUUUGGUUUUGUUUGGUUCAGAUAGACCUCACCACCAAGCUACCCAGUAGUUACUUAAUUAUUACUAACCGACUACUAAUACU